GAGAGAGAGAGGGAGAGCAUGAGGGACCUCCCAUGCGAAUUCCCAUACGAAAUUUUCUUGAACAUCCUCUCAAGGUUACCCAUCAAGUCCCUCUUUCGAUUCAGGUGUGUAUGCAAGGCCUGGCGAGAGUUACUUACAGAUCCUCAUUUCAUCAAACAACAACUGAAUCAUGCAGCAGAAACCAAUAUUUCCAAUCCUAAUCUCAUUCUCAACUGUGGAUCCAAUCUAUACAACAUCUUCUAUUCCAUCCACAAUGAUACCUGGAAGGAUGAGCCCUUAAAGCUCGAUUUGCCCUUCAAGCUUUCCACUAUUGAAAUUGUUGGUUCUUGCAAUGGCUUGGUUUGCCUUUGGGGUUACUUGAAUCGUGUCUACAAUGUCAUUGUUUGGAACCCAUUCACCAGAGACUACAAGAUAUUGCCUGACGAACCUUUUCAGUUUCUGGGUCGUACCGUUUCUCGUUUCCCUGUUCUGGGUUUUGGUUACAGUCCAUCAAAGGAUGUUUAUAAGGUGUUAAGGAUUGUUUACUUUCAUGUUGAUGGUAGAAUGUUCAGUUCUUGUUGUUCCCUGGUAGAUGUUCAUACACUUGGAUCGAAUUCAUGGCGAAGGAUUGGAGAAAUCCCCUUUGAUAUUCGUGAUUGCUUGUCAGGGGUUUUCGUUAAUGGAUCUCUUCAUUGGAUUGCUAUUCGCAGUUCCAGACCAGACACUAUUGUUUCUUUUGAUGUUGAAGAUGAGGUGUUUAGAGAAAUGCCACAACCUUACUUUGGGGAUCAUAGUUUUCAAAGCAAAUUGGGGGUUUUGGGAGGAUUCCUUUGUAUGAUUUGUACACUCUAUGAUAAUAAUGUUAAGAUAUGGAUGAUGAAGGAUUAUGGAGUUAAAGAAUCUUGGAUUAAACAGUUCUCCAUCAGCCAACCCAUGGUUGUUGGUCAUUUUAAUCACUUGAAGCCACUUGGAUUUACAAAAAGUGGAGAAAUUGUGCUGGAGAUGCAUGAUAGAAAGCUAGUUUUGUAUGAUCCGAAAACAAAAAAGCUUAGAAAUCUUACAAUUCAAGGUGUUCCAGAUUGGUAUGAGGUUGGUGUUUCUAUUGGGACUCUUAUUUCACCCAAGCCUUGCAGUUGAGAUGGGUUGCAGCAUGUGUGAAGAUAUGUUCUAUAAAAUGAUGGCAUAAUUCAAGGUA